AUGUGUAUGUAGUGCAUAUAAAAUAUGCAUAUGUCGGUACUUCUAUAAAUACAACAUAAAUCCACAUGUCUUUUCUGUACCAACGAGGCUCACAGUUACUAUUGCUUUGAUAACAGAUUUAUAGUGCAGUGCUGGUCGAAUUAUAAUUAUAUUGUGUUGUGAAAUCACGGUAACCGGCAGCCUUAUAGGUGAAAAUUUGAAAUUAUUUUCCUAGUUGAAUCUCAUUUGAUACCCUUGCACGUUUUCUGGUGGCAAGUUGAGCCAGUUUUCUGUUCAUGACUCCGCCCACUUUACUAGCUAUUCGCUGUUUGUGUCAUGCGAUUUCCGUACGAAGCAUCCUUACUUCCGCAGCGCAGCUCCACCGGCAGAAGUUAGCAUUUGGUCUGUAGACUGUAUUUACUAGUAUGCAUUAUUAAAAAUACGGUGAAAGUCGUCAUAAUUCGAAUAAUCCAAAACGUAGAGACUAUGUCCUAUGUCUGAGUUAUUUGGGUUUCCAGUUGAGUUGUUCAUGGACUUCGUCAUGGCGUUGGACGGCUUGCUUCGAGGAUUCAAUAAGAUCAGCGGCGGCCUGCGACUGGCCGGUUUGCUGAUCGUGAUCUUCCCGUAUGUGGACAAGCGGUUGUUACGGCACUUCAACUUUCACAUCAGCGAUUACAUCAACGGCAUUGCCGGCACCAAUUCUGUCGUGUCUACCAUCUUUGGCGUCCUGAGUGCCGUCACCCUGGUGGCGGCGCUGCAGUGCGUGUGGAAUUAUGGAUGGAAGGUGCACCAGUCUCACUUUACAGUGGCCUGGAAAGUUCCGUGGCAAUCCGUGCCACGGUCCAAUGUACGGUCUGAUUCUGGACUGGUAUCAAGAACACAAAGGACCACGACAUGUCGGCCUGCAGAGCUGUUAUUGGCAGGGCAAAAAGAAACCCCGAAAUAGCGUUUGUGAGUUUCUUACCGACACCGGAAAGCAUGUAUUCCAGUAUGAGGGAAAGAAAAUCACUCUGGAACGAGGACAGGAAAGCCUCAGUCUCACCACGACCGGCUCCGACACCACCGUCUUCCGGAAAAUGAAGGACGACGUGCAGCGAUUCCACGCGAUAAAAAGCCAGAACCACACUUUUGUGUAUACCGUCCAGGAUUAUAAAUGGGUGAAGCCGACCAAAGGAAUUAUAAAACGUGCACUGGACACCGUUAGUCUGGAUUAUAGCAUCGCCGAAGAAAUAAUCAAUGAUGUCCAAGAGUUUCUUGACAACGCCGAAUAUUACAAGCAGAAGCAUGUUCCGUAUCGACGCCGCUAUCUGUUCCACGGCCCAACCGGCACCGGCAAGACCAGCUUUGCCACAGCGCUAGCCGGAUAUUUAAACCGGGAUAUCUGUGUUAUCAGUCUCGGUGAUAGAACGUUAACGGAUGACGUAUUGCGGCGCCUUGUGGACGAUGCGCCGAGGGAUGCAGUUAUUUUGAUAGAGAAUGUGGACGCGGCGAUCGAUAAUGUGGCCGACACUAACCUGACCUUUCGAGGACUGUUGAAUGUUGCGGAUGGAGUAGGAUUAUCUGAUGGGAGAAUUAUCGUUCUGACCACCAGCAAGCUUGACCGUGUGGACAAAACGCUGAUCGAUUCCGGGCGCAUUGAUCACCAUCAGCUCUUUGACUAUGCCACCAAGUUCCAAGUGGAGCAAAUGGACCGUAACUUCCAUCGCCAGCAGAACUUCCGUAUCUUCCGUAACUUCCAUCGCCAGUAUACUGACGAACAAGUGCAACAGUUUCUGCAAGCCAUUUUCCAGCACUCCGAAAAUCCCCAAAUUAGUCCGGCACAAAUUCAGAACUUGUUUAUCGCAUAUAAACACCGUCCGUCUGAAGUAAUUGCGGGUGUUCCUUCACUGUUUGAAUAGGUGCGAACCCGCAGAAAUUGUUUACCGAAUUAUGAAUAUUUUGUUAUAUUUAUUUAUUCUUUCAUUGUAUGUGUGAUUACCGCAUGAUGUGAUUUUUUAUUGCGAUCUCCGGACCGUUGUUUGUGGUGCAGUUAGCGCACAGUCUUUGAGGAGUAUGUGAAGUAAUUUGAAUUACUGUAAUAA